CUCCUGCUCCGGCUCCGGCUGGGGGCCGAGCCCGGCCGAGCUGGGGGAAAGCAUUCCUGGAAUUCGCUUCCUGUCGAGUCCUGCCCGAGGCCGAGCCGCGGGAUGGCGGGGCCGCAGCGGGCGGAGGGCGGCGAGCGAGCCCCGCGCCCCGGGGGCAGCCUGGCAGCGUGAGGAGCCCCCCCCCCUCCCCAGGCUCGCCCGGGCCAUGGCCGAGCUCCUGCUUCGGAGAACGUUCUCCCGGCUGAGGGGCAAGGGGAAGCUCCCCGGGAAGAAGGAGCGAGAGUGCCCCUCCAGGAUGCUGGACUCUCCCAUGGAGCUGGAGCCAGGCCCUGGGCCAGAGCCAGCGUCUCAUGACCUCGAUGGGAGCUGUCGGAGAGGGGCAGCCAUCACCGUGUCCAGGAAGCAGAGCUGGGCCAGGUUCUCAUGUGGCAUCCGGGACGUGCCAUGUAGCUCUUACAGCAGGAAGGUGUCUGCCAGCCCCACGGCCUCGGCAGAGCUGCAGAAUGAGGGUGAAGGGGUAGGGCCAGUUGCCUGUGGGCGAGAGACUGACGGGGACCCCCAGUGCCCUCUGCGACCCCAGGAACUGUUCUCCCCCACCCACACAGGGGAGCCAGCCAUUAAGGAUGAGGCCUGGCUUGUGGAGAGCCCCCCAGCCCCAGCGCCCCCCACCCCUCAGCCCGGCCUGGCCCCUGGUGAUGAGGAAGCUGAGUCGAUGUGCAGGUAUGUGGAGCUUUGCAGUGCUGUGAGGUCUGCCAGUCAUGGCGCCUACCUGCAGAACCUGGAGAGGAGCAGCCGCCACUGGAUCCUCUCCUCGGGCAAGGCCCAGGUCCUGGAGGAGUUGGCCCCCAGCGCCAGCACAGAAUUGAAGGAGGUGGGCGCCAUGGGCAGCGAAGGGGAGAUCUGGUACAACCCCAUCCCUGAAGAUGAGGACGUUGUGGGUGACAGGCAAGGCACCGAGCCUGGCAGCUCCUGGAGGAAGUGGGGCAGUGGCACAGGGAGCCGGGAAUCUGACAGGGACAAGGCCAGGCCCAGCAGGGCAGAGCCAGGUGAUGAAGGGCCCCCCAGGAGCAUCGCCAGGCAAGUGGAGAGCCCCAGCUCACAGAAUACAUCUACCCCAGCUGGGCCAGUGGGCCGAGGCGAGGAGAUGGGUGCCAGCAGGACACAGGACUAUGGGAAGUUGCCGAUUUCAUGUGUGAGCGUGGCUGUGGGGUUGGCUGGCCCAUCCCCGCCGCUGAGCCCCAGCGUCUCCAAGAAGGGGCGCUCCCUGGGCAGGGUGAAGUCCCCGGGCACAGUGCGCCGCCUUUCCCUGAAGAUGAAGAAGCUGCCUGAGCUGAGGAGGAAGCUAAGCCUGCGUAGUGCCCGGCCCCGGGGGCAGGAGCCUGAGGGCAGUGGCGGCACCUCACCCCAGGAGGCCCUCAAGGAGCCGGGGAAUGUCAUCAGCCGCUACCACCUGGACAGCAGCGUGGCAUCCCAGCAGGGCCCACACCGUGCCAAGGCAGCCAGCAAGGGCGGCUACCUGAGUGAUGGUGACUCCCCUGAGCUGCUGGCCAAAGCGGACAAGCGUGCCUGUCCCGGGCCAGAGGGGCAUGAGCCUGGGGCCAGCUUGGACGUGGAUGCCUUCCAGCCCUACAGCUCCUUGGAACAGCUGCGCUGUGUGCAGCCCAUCUCAGGCCUAGUCAGUGUCCACCUGCACGGUGUGGGGGACCUUAAGCCCCCAAAGGCUGAGUCCAGGGAGGUGUUCUGCGUCCUGCAGGUGGACGCAGCCCCCAAGGCGCGCACGGCCCUGCUGCCCUGGACAGCCCCCUUCCUCAGCCUCAACCACACCUUCAACUUGGAACUGGAGGGCGCCCGACACCUCAAGGUCAUUGUCUUCUCCUGGGAUCUGGCUACCUGCCGGAACCGUGUGUGCUGCCAUGGCACCAUUGUCUUGCCCUUCGUCUUCAGAGGGUGCAGGGCCCAGCAGCUGGCAGUGCGGCUGGAGCCGCGCGGGCUGCUUUACUGCAAGCUGACGUUGGUGGAGCAGUGGGACAUGCCCAGCAGCCCCAGUGACCGGGAGCCCCGGGUCUUUGGCGUGGAGCUGCGUCACUUGGUGGAAAGGGAGAACACUGCCACCAAGGUGCCGCUGCUGAUCCAGAAAUGCGUCUCCCAGAUCGAGAAGCGGGGACUGAAGAUUGUAGGGCUUUACCGGCUGUGCGGCUCGGCAGCUGUGAAGAAGGAACUGCGUGAUGCCUUCGAGAGGGACAGUGCAGCCGUGACGCUCUCUGAACAGCUGUACCCAGACAUCAACGUCAUCACAGGGAUCCUGAAGGACUAUCUGCGGGAGCUGCCCACGCCCCUCAUCACCAAGACCCUUUACCAGGUGGUGUUGGAGGCCAUGGCCCAGCGAUCGCCCCAAGACAUGCUUAGCAGGCAGAAUGCAAAGGAGACGAUCGCUCUGCUGGACUGCCUGCCGGAGAUUGAGAAGGCUACGCUGACCGUGCUGCUGGACCAUCUCAGCUUGGUGUCCUCCUUCCACGACUUUAACCGCAUGAACUCCCAGAACAUUGCCGUGUGCUUCGGGCCAGUGUUGCUCAACCAGAAUCAGGAGCCGUGGCGCCAGAGGGCCCGCAGCUACGCCCACUGCGAGGAGAUCUCCAGUGCUGUUGACUUCAAGAGGCACAUUGAGGUGCUGCACUAUCUGCUGCAGGCUUGGCCUGCCCCCUCCAGGAAAGGGUGUGGCAUGGAGGGCCGGGAAAGGGCCCAGUCCACCUGCCUGCGGCAGAGGCGCUGUCCUACACUGCGGCUGGACCUGCUGGAGAGCGAGGUGGUGGCUCGUCACCGGCCCCGUGGCCUGGAGAGCCCCCCCACCAACCGCUACGCUGGGGAGUGGAGUGUGUGCAGCCAGGAGUAUGGACUGGUGGCCGGGCUGGGGCACGAGGUCAACUACGCCGAGGUGGCCGGCAGCGAGAAUGAAGUGCUGGACCUGCGGGAGGGGCUGGGCGGCCCCAGCCAGACGGUCUUCGUGGGGGACUUUGCCCUGGUUGACGACCCUGAUGCGCCCUUCAGCCCCCGCCUGAACCUGAAGGACUUCGAUGCCCUCAUCUUGGACCUGGAGCGAGAGCUCUCCAAGCAGAUCAACGUGUGCCUGUGAGUGGCCUGGCUGCUCCACCACAGUGCCUGGCUCCCCCUGCCCUUAUGCUCCCUGGAACCAUCCACAUCCCCUGCCGGGCUUCAGUGUCACCAAAACACGAGCCAGGUGGUGGGAGCUGGGCACAGCCUGGGGCCUUGACACCAGCAGGGGAGGUGCCAGGCACCAGAUGGUGGGGCUUCAGCUAAAGAAUUUUAGGCUCCACGCUCAGCAGCCUGGCCCAGCCCUGUAGCAGGCAGUGACUCAUGCCGUCAGCCUUAAUCCAGCCACCUGCCCAGGAGCUGGGACCCUGAGCAGCAGGUACAGCGUACAGAAGGUGUUCUCAUGCUCUCCCGUGGGCUCCAGCACACUCUGCCCUCGGGGCUUGGAGCUCUGGAGAGACCAACACAGUGCACGCCUGGGUGUGGCCGCCGAGCUCCCAGUAUUAAUAGGAACUCAGAGAUUAAGCCAAAGCCAUUUGGAGAGUGACCAAAUUUGUGUAGCACUUGGCUCUCGCAGCUUUUUGAUUUGCACAGCAUGGAUGGGGGCUUGGAGACACCAGGGCAGUGCUCCACCAGGCCAGUGUGUGGCAGCUCACUGAGGUUGGGGCUCUGGGGCUGGAGUAUGGAUGAGGGGCUGAGCCAGCCAGGGGGCUGCACUCAGGGUCACUCACUGCUGCAGUCUUUGUCACUCUCAACCUACCGUGGGUGACAGAGUAGCUCUGUCUGGCUACAGGGCAGCAUCACAAUCCUGUGUGACGGGCUGGGAGGAGCUUGGAUCCUGGCGUUCCCUUGGCCUGGCUCUCUGCCCUGGGGCAAUACCAUGUGAAGGGAGCGCACAGGGCAGGGGGAGCGGCUCCCUCCUGAGCCUUCUCCUUGCCUCUGCAUUUCAGAAGCCAAAGAAUCAGCCUGUGAGCCUGAGCCUGUCCCCUGGCUGGGCUGGAGCAGACGUUUGUGGGCACCGCUUGUGUGACCCGGGCAGGGGCCUUUCCAGGCCGUAGCAGCUGUGCCAAUAUGGUGCUUCACGCAGGCUAGUCAGGAAGGCAGCGCCAGGCCCUGGGCAUGGCACAGGGGGCGGUUCAGAACCACCAUGUACCUAUCCCUCCCGUGGCAUGUAUUUCUGGUCAGCAGGGAGCCUCCAGGGGGUAACAGCCCUCCCAGCCCCCAAGGGUGGUGAGUUUUGAUGCCCCUUCUAGCAUCCCAGGUGGAGCCUUCCUUGCAGGUGGGAGUUUGACUUGGGUCUCAGGAAGAUGGGUGUCAGGGCUGCCCCGGGGCUCUAGCUGCAGUGGGCUCAGUCUGGUCUGCUGUGGGACUGGCCUCGCAGUCAGUGUUUUGCUACUAAGUGUCACUUGGGUGGGGGGCAGCCUUGGGCCGGGAGAGAGCCAGGGCUAAGGCCUAUUCCUGGCCUCCCACCAUCCCAGGCGAGGCGUCCCCCCUGCAUAGUGUUAGAAUAUCAGUAAGGGUCCCUGACCUCCCUCAUGUGGGCUCUGCUCCGGGGCUGCUUCUCACAGAAGCCACAAUCCACUGCACCCUGCCAGGGAGGAGGAGGGGCUGUGCCAGGCAUGGCACCUCACUCUCAGCUUGCCAUGGCAUUAGUUAGUAUCUUGAUGCCAUGUUUACAUCCUCCCCCAACCUGACAAUACUCCAGGCUCCCCCCAGCCUGGCUGCUGCCUCCAAGCCUACUCGGCUGCAGCUCUUGGUGGAACAGGGAGGGGAGACUAGGUGACCAGAUGUCCUGAUGUUAUAGGGACAGUCCCGAUUUUUGGGUCUUUUACUUAUAUAGUCUCCUAUUACCCCCCCACUCCCUGUCCCGAUUUUUCACAUUUGCUGUCUGGUCACACUAGGGGAGAAUGGGCUGCAGCCCUGGGAUCCCAUGGCACGUGGACAGACCAGCAUGAGCAAGCGAUUGGGGCCUGGAGUUCAUUGUGACUGCUUCUCAUGGGCAUCUUUGGUCUCCCAGUCUCUGCCCCACCCUGGAGCCGGCUGCCACUGAGAAUCCAGGGCCUGGGGUUGGCUGCCAAGCCCCCAGCCUGGGCUUUCCCUGCGCCUGCUGUUCAGGCCAGGCCUGGCAGGGCGGCCUCCCAGGCACUCUCGACCGAGCAGCAGCAGGCACAGCCCUGGAUGUGAUCUGGAGGCCGCAGCUCACUGGCUGUCACCUCCACCUUCUGCAUUACAGAGUAGGGGAAGCUACUGCACAGGCUACACCAAGGCCCCUGGCUUCCGUGCAGUGCCGCCUCCUUGGAGCUCCAAGCUGGGGCCCUGCUGGGGGGGGGGGGGGGGGGUAUGUGUGGUGCUCAGGGCUGGUGGGGAGCGGGAGGUGAUUCCCUAGAUGUGCCUUUCUCCAAAUGGAUCCCAUGAAAGGGCAACACAUGGGCAGUCUGGCCCCAAGCUAAGCUCAAGGCAUCAAUUGCCCUCUUGCACCCAGGCCAGCUCUGGCAUGUUCCUGGGCACUGCUGGGAUAUCCGAAGCUGCUGUGCCUUGCAGAGCCUGCACCUGCAGCGCUGAUUUCAGGGUGCCAGGCACUUGGGCACAGCUGCCUGAGGGUGCUCACUGCAGGGCCUCAUGGCAAUGCACCCAAUCCCCCCAACCAACCACACUCCAGGGAGCCCAGUACUGGAGAGGCCAGCUUUAUUUAUAGUUCUUGCUUGUGUAUGUAUGGUGUAGGGGGGUGUAUACAUGUUUGGGUGGGUGUGCAGUGUAGGGGGCGUGUGUGUGUGGUGUCAGGUGGGUGUACUUUGUGUAUAUGUUUGUGUGUAUGUAUGUAUGUGUGGGAGGGCAUAGGGGUGUGGUUUGUGUGUACAUUUGAGGAGGUGGGGGAUGGACGUUUGUGUGUGGUGUAGGAACGUGUUUGUAUGUGGUGCGUGUGCAUGUUUGGGGAGGUGGUUUGUGAGUACAUGUUUGUGAGUGGGAUGUGUGUGUAUAUGUUUAUGUGUAGUGGGGUGUUUGUGUGUACAUCUUUGGAGGUGGGAUGUGUGUGGUGUAGGAAUGUGGUUUGUGUGUGUGUGUGUGUGUGCAUAUUCAUGAAGACUGGCUGCUCCAUGUGGGUAUUUAACCUAUGGAUUUUCACAGUGUUUAUCAAAUAUUCAGUUAUAGGGGAAAAAAGCCUAGGGAAGGAGUAAAACCAUGACACUCACUCUUCCCCUCACUCCAGGCUCUAAUAGAAAUUCACCCCAUCCCCUCUCAAAGCACAAGGCCCAGUAGCCCCCUUCUGAGCUGCUCUGGCAGGGAGAAAAAGUGCCCCGAGUUUGGGGGCGGUGGCCCUUCACCCAAUAUUAGCUUAAGGGAACCCACCUGAAUGUGAAGGGAGGGCUGUAGUUUCUCCUGCCAUGGAUGAGUCUGGGACUGAAGAAGAGGGUCACAGCGGAGUGCCACCAUGUUAUAGAAGCAGCUUUGCUUGGGGGGCCCUGUCUGGGGAGAGGGCUGCAUGGUCCAGCCAUUCCCCCCAUUGCCUGGCACUCCCAGCCAUGGGGAGUUGGGGAUGGCUACUUAUUGUGUGAAUUAAGGAAAUGCCCAUGCCAGGGUGGGAGUCAGCAUGGUACCUAUGUAUGCACGCCACUGCCAACACCAGCAAUAAAGGACACCAGCUACACCUGCUCUUGGGUGUGUGCGUUUGUGUGUGUGCGCAUAGGGGGUGGGGGCCUCUGCCAGGGCUCCAGCUGCCUCCAACCCAGCUGUUAUAGGUGCUGAACACUCAGGCCAUGGCAGCAAGGGCUGGGUGGGGUCAAGCUGGGGAGCUGGGCAGCAGCCUUGCUAAUGUGGGCAGGAAGGGCUAUCCCCUUCAUUGCCCUCCCUGGGGUGGCUGUAGGCACCAACUUUGCCUUCCUAUCUGCUGGGCCGUGUCACUGUGCUGGAGCUGGGGGUCCCUGCAGGCAGGAACAGUGAUGUUUACUCCUGGGGGAAUGCUGCACCAAAAAUUUGAAAGUUCUGUGCAGAGUAUUUUAAAAUUCUGCAUAUUUUGUAACAAUAACACAAUGUACUCACAUCAAUUUCAACUAUUUUGAUAAUUUAGUUCAAAAUACCUGUCAGCAACUAUAUCUGUAACAAUACAGACAACAAAUGAACUUCCUCCAGGGGUAGAGAGUUAAAGAAACCCCUACAACAACCCAAUUCCUCUUCUCUCUCCCUGCCCCAGCUGGGGAGGACAGACACCCACACCCCCCUCCCUCCAGAGCUCAGCUGCAAGGUGCCCCCCAGUCCUGGCACCCACACCCCUUCCUCUGCACAGCCCAGCCAUGUCCCCCCAGCCUAGACACCCACACUUCCUACCCCCCAGAGGGAGAAACAACCUGAUGCUGGGUCCAGGGCUUGUAUGGAAUUUCCUGCAUGCCACCUCUUUCUAGGGUGACCAGUUGAGGGGAAGAAAAUAUUGGGACACAUGGGGGGGGGGGGGGG